GCACCUGGACUGGAUUGAAUAGACUAGUAAGAUAAGGCGUAAGUUGCCGAAGAUUUAAGAGAAGAUGAAAUUUGUAAGGAAGAUGGAGUUGAGCGGAGAUAGACGAUCUGUUCCCUUCAGGCCGAUGCAUUCUCCUCGCUCUGUGGCAUGCAACCUAUUAGCAUCGGAGCAAAUAUAAAUUCAGCGAGUUUCCCACAAACCAUCGUGCUACCAACACCACAACACUUUUCUACUCUUCUAAGCUUUCGGAAAAGAAGCAAGAAGACUAUUUGUAUCAAUGUCAGAACCUCCAGCUUACACUGGCUACUUCUUCCCGGGACGGGAAAAUCUUCGCCACGAUAUCUACUCGACCAUCUGCGCCGCGCAAUCAUCUCUUCUAAAGCAACCCCGCAAGGUCGUUUUGAUCACGGGUGCAGGCCGUGGCAUCGGGCGCGCCACAGCACUCCAGUACGCUCACGCGGACGUCUCAUGUAUUAUACUUUGCGCUCGGACUGCUUCGCAGCUCGAUGAAGUACAGUCUGAGAUCCAUAAUAUCAAUGAGAGCAUACGGGUCCAUAAGUUCUCGAUGGACGUCACCGAUGACUCCGCCGUAGCCCACUGUGCGGAAGAGGUCCAGAGCACGGAAGGUCGGCUGGACGUUCUUGUCAACAAUGCUGGCAGCAGCGCCCCCUGGGUGCCCAUCUCGGAGAGUGAUCCCGAGCGGUACUGGGGCAGUCUUACGGUCAACAUCAAAGGACCCUAUUUAUUCCUACACGCAUUCCUGCCAUUGUUGAAGAUCACUGCUCGGGGAUACAAUACCACCACCACGGUCAUAAACAUGACAAGUGUUGGCGCGCACACCGUCUAUCCGGGUCUAAGCGAGUACUGCAUUGGAAAAGUAGCUCUCAAUACCUUGACCCAGUUUGUGGAUGCCGAGUACAGAGAACACGGCAUCCAAGCUUUCGCAGUGCACCCUGGAGGCAUAGAUACCGAGAUGGCCCGGUCAGACGAGACAUUUAUCAAAGGUCUUGAGGGACUUUUGAUUGAUACCGUGGAAUUGCCUGGGGGCUUCUGUGUUUGGCUCAGUGCGGCGGAAAGGAAAUGGCUCAGUGGAAGAUACCUGGCUGCUCCAUGGGAUGUGGAGAGACUAGAGCAGAUGCAAGACGAAAUCGUUGCCGGAGAUAAGCUAAAGGCUAAGCUUGUGCUCUGAUAAAAUCAAGGUUGGACUGUAGGCUUUCGCUGCGCCGUGGUCAAGCAGAAAAGAUUCGACGCACAAAUUGCAUGAAAGUAACUCUACAAUGAUUUAAGCACAGAGGAUCAUGCCUCCGGACUUUUUAAUGGCAUUAUUCUGCUUGCCUACAGACCUCCAAGGUUUCGGAAACAAAUGCAGCACCGUCCUAUUUUUAAACGUCAGACU